CUGAUUUUGCGAUGGUAUUAAACCGGUUUUAACCGGUGGUAUUCAUCGGUAUCUACCGGUUUCCAUUUUUGGCGGGAACUACGGAUUUUGUCUUACUUAUCGUCGUCAUGGAGACGCCGUCGCAGCCGGAGUUCGACCAGGAGAACCUGAACGAGGAUGUCCAGCGCAUGCGUACGCUUUGGGUCAAUGAGCUGGUACGCUCCGCUCUCUAGGCAUUAAUACACGUCUUCUUCCGCUUAAAUUGUCGCAAAAUUGACGGAAUUACACGCCAUUGGUGCCCGACAGAAUGCCCCAGAGAUCCUCCAGUACGACGAGGAAAUGGUGUCCGAGAUGCUGGAGCAGAUCCGCAAUCAACAGGAAUAUGUCGACUCCGUGUAUGAGGACCGCACGCAGCUCACGGAGGAGAAAUCCUUCGUCAAUAAGCUCUACCAAAUGGAGAUCGACCGACUACGUUACAUGGUCUCGUCGUACCUCCGCACACGGCUCCGCAAGAUUGAGAAGUUCGCCAUUCACAUUCUGCAAGACGAAGUGCUGACUCAGCGAUUGUCCGUCAAGGAGCGUAACUUCGCCCAGCAGUUUGUGAUGCUCUUCGAGUCUCAUGUGAAUGACCUGGCGAUAGGCAAGUUUUCGAAGGACAACCGUACUCUCACGGCUGAUGGCAUGGUAUCUGAGCCGAAUCUAGACAGCUUCGUCUUCUGCCAGGGCAAGGAGGCGGGUGGCGUGCAGUGUGACGACAAAGGCGGCGACUUCGUGCAGGUGACGUCUGCUGAUCGCUAUAUCUUGCGUUACCGCAGUGUCCAGGAGCACGUCCAAGCUGGUGCAAUCGACCUCAUCUAGAAGAUACCAGAUUUAAGGCAAUCUUUUUGUGUCGUAAAAGCGAUAUAGAUUAAGUUAGCUGUGCGAGAACACACGAACAAUGUAAGAAGCUAGGCCUCUACAUGCAGAAAUACUAGCGUCACCACUUUGAUACUCUCGGCCCUCAAUGCGAUAAAAACUAUUCCUAACACCGGGAGUAUACAGCAGCAAGGUCAUGGCUUCGUGGUCUCGUACGUCUGAUAAUGGAUCUCGUCCUUGCAUUUGCCAAAGUUACCAUAACGGAUUGGCAACUGAC